AUGUUCGAGCUCAGCUCCGGCCAGAAGCACGCCCUGCACUGUUGCCUCCUCCUCGGGACCAUACUCUUCUUCGAGCUGCAAAGCGGCGGCAUUAAGCUCUACUACACCGACGAUGACGCCGGCCAGUUUGACCCGUUUGUCAGCUACGGCUACGCCUUCGCCUGGUUCCUCUACCUCCUCCGUCUGCUGACGCUGCUCUCACUGCCGCAGUUUCUUUGCAACUUCUUCGGCCUGGUGCUCUUCAACGCCUUCCCCGAAGAACCGGUCAGCAGGAGGGACGACUCCAAGGAGACGCUGGUGACGCCGUUCAUCUGCAUACGGACGGUGACCAGAGGCGACUUUCCCGACUUGAUACGCCGAAAUGUGACGCGGAACAUUGCCACCUGCAUCGACGCUGGGCUGCAGAACUUUCUCUUUGAAGUUGUCACCGACAAGCCAUUUGAUAUUCCCAAAGAUUCUCGCAUCAGACUUAUAGUGGUCCCGCCCAACUAUAAGACAAAAUCUGGCACUCUAUUUAAGGCCAGAGCUUUACAGUAUUGCUUAGAGGCUGAUGUCAACAUACUAGGUGACAACGACUGGGUCGUCCACCUCGAUGAGGAGACCCUUCUCACCUGCAGGUCAAUCAACGGCAUAAUGAACUUUGUGAGCGAUGGCAGGCACCAGUUUGGCCAGGGGCUAAUUACCUACGCCAAUGAGGAGGUGGUCAACUGGUGGACCACUCUGGCGGACACCUUCCGCGUCGCCGAAGACAUGGGCAAGCUGCGGUGUCAGUUUUACCUCUUUCACAAGCCACUCUUUAGCUGGAAAGGAUCCUUCGUGGUGACCAAGUUUCAGGCGGAGCGGGACGUCAGCUUCGACAAUGGCCUCGACGGGUCGGUGGCCGAGGACUGCUACUUUGCCAUGGUCGCCUUCAGCAAGGGCUACAGCUUCAACUUCAUCGAGGGCGAAAUGUGGGAGAAGUCGCCCUUCACGCUGGCGGACUUUCUGCAGCAACGGAAGCGCUGGGUGCAGGGCAUCUACCUGGUGGUGCACUCGCGGCACAUUCCCCUGCCGGUGAAGUUCCUCCUCAGCCUGUCCCUGUACGCCUGGCUGACCAUGCCGCUGACCAUCUUCAAUCUAGUCUUCGCCAGCGUCUACCCGCUGCCGCCCUCCUACUGGUGCAACUUCUGGUCGACCUUCAUCGCCGCCGCCUCCUUCUACAUGUACAUCUUCGGCGUCUUCAAGUCCUUCACCGUCCGGCAGAUAGGGCUGAAGCGGUACGCCUUUCUCAUUGCGGGCGCCCUCUUCACCAUUCCCUUCAAUGUGAUCAUUGAAAUUACCGCCGUCAUCUGGGGCAUCUUCAGCAAGAAGCACAAGUUCUACAUUGUCCAAAAACAGAUCAACCGGCCGGAGGUGUUGCCGGUCUGA